AUGAGGUGGUGUUUUGCCGUUGGAAGCCGUUGCAAUGGCAGCUGGACUGCAGCAACAGCACGCGGUUGGCGCUUCGGGGGCGGGCGUCGUCUUUUGAGUCAUAGCAGCAGCACGGCUUUGGGGCGCACUAUUAGUGCAGCUCCCCCGCAGUUACGACCAGGACAUCGAUUUCUGCCCCUCGAGAAGCUUCCAUCGCCUUCGCCAACACCAACUUUGAGCUACUACACCACCACCACCCUCGCGACGUCGCGUCUCGGUUCUGCAGUUAGAAUCCCCUGUCGGAAAUCAUAUUACAGACGUCGUCCUGGCCUGAUAUCAACGCAGAGAUCCUUCUUGUCGACAACAAACAACACCGCCAACAUGGCCACCGAGGUCAAGUGGACCGCUGAGACGGUUCGCAAGACCUUCCUCAACUACUUUGAGGAGAGGGGUCACACAAUAGUUCCCUCGUCGUCGGUGGUCCCUCACAAUGACCCCACCUUGCUCUUCACAAAUGCCGGCAUGAACCAGUUUAAGCCCAUUUUCCUGGGCACUAUAGGCAAGACUGAUCCUAUGGCCGGUCUGAAGCGCGCUGCGGACUCUCAGAAGUGUAUUCGCGCCGGUGGCAAGCACAAUGAUCUUGACGAUGUUGGCAAAGACAGCUAUCACCAUACAUUCUUUGAAAUGUUGGGCAACUGGUCCUUUGGAGACUACUUCAAAAAGGAGGCCAUUUCGAUGUCGUGGGAGCUGCUGACCAAGGUCUACGGUCUCGACCCUGCCCGGUUAUAUGUAACCUACUUUGAGGGUAACCCGGAAAUGGGUCUUGAGCCCGACUUGGAGGCCAAGAACCUUUGGCUUGAGAAUGGCGUGCCUGAGGAUCACAUCCUGCCUGGAAACAUGAAGGACAACUUCUGGGAGAUGGGUGACCAAGGUCCAUGUGGUCCUUGCAGUGAGAUUCAUUACGACAAGGUGGGCGGAAGAAACGCCGCUCACCUGGUCAACAUGGACGACCCCUUGGUUGUUGAGGUGUGGAACAACGUGUUUAUUCAGUUCGACCGGCAGCAGGACAAGUCCUUGAAGCCUCUUCCCGCCAAACACGUCGACACAGGUAUGGGUUUCGAGCGUCUGGUCUCUGCUCUGCAGAACAAGACUUCGAACUACGCCACCGAUGUUUUCUCCCCCCUUUUCGCCAGGAUACAAGAGGUGACGGGCGCCCGGUCGUACACGGACAAGUACGGCAAGGAUGAUGCCGACGGCAUCGACACGGCCUACCGUGUAGUUGCCGACCACAUCAGGCUCAUGGCCUUUUCGAUUGCUGAUGGUGCUGUUCCAAACAACGACGGCCGCGGCUACGUUGUCCGUCGUGUCCUGAGGAGAGGUGUGCGAUAUGCACGCAAGUACUUCAACGCCGAGAUUGGAGGUUUCUUCUCACAGAUUCUUCCCACACUCGUCCAGCACAUGGGAGAGCAGUUCCCCGAACUUGGUCAGAAGCAGCAAGAUAUUAAGGAGAUUCUGGACGAAGAGGAGGAGGCUUUUGCCCGGACAUUGGACCGCGGCGAGAAGCAAUUUGAAAAGUAUGCCUCCAUGGCCAUCAAGGCUGGCGAGAACAAGCUCUCCGGCUCCGAUGUAUGGCGGCUGUAUGACACUUUCGGAUUCCCCGAAGAUCUUACAAAACUGAUGGCUGAGGAGCGCGGCAUCACUAUUGAUGAGGCCGAAGUUUCAGUGGCUAGGGAAAAGGCUCGCGAGGCAAGCAAGGCUGUCAAGGAGUCCGUCCAGACCUUUGCCAAGCUUGACGUGCAUAGGAUAUCGGAGCUGGAGAACGAGCUCAAGAUCACACGCACAGAUUCCGAGGCCAAAUACCUGAAGGGUGAUAUAACUUCCAAGGUUUCUCUCAUCUACACAGGCAAGGAUUUUCUCAAGAGCAGCAAGGAGAUACCGCCAAAGACGCCACUUGGUCUUAUCCUGGACAAGACCAACUUUUAUGCGGAAUCGGGUGGUCAGGUCGCAGACACGGGCCGCAUUGUCAUCGAUGGAGUGGCCGAGUUCAAGGUUCUGGACACACAAGAGUUCGGUGGCUACGUCUUGCACAACGGCUACCUGGAGUACGGAGAGCUCACCGCUGGAGACUCGGUCAUCUGCGAGUAUGACGAGCUCCGUAGGCAACCGAUCCGUAACAACCACACGGGCACCCAUAUCUUGAACCACUCACUUCGUGAGGUUUUGGGUGACGACAUCAACCAGAAGGGAUCCCUGGUCGAUAACGAGAAGCUGCGCUUCGACUUUUCUCACAAGACGGGCGUUUCGGUUCCUGAGCUCAAGAAGAUCGAGGACCUGUCAAACGCUUACAUCCGCCAGAACUGCAAGACUUAUACCAAGGAUGUCGACUUGGAUCUCGCUAAGCAGAUCGAGGGAGUGCGCGCUGUUUUCGGCGAGACAUACCCCAACCCCGUCCGCGUGGUGUCCAUCGGUAUUGAGGUCGACAUGCUGCUGGAAAACCCCAAGAACCCAGAGUGGCGCAAGGUCUCGGUCGAGUUCUGCGGUGGAACCCAUGUCGACCAGACGGGAAUAAUGAAGGAUAUGAUCAUUGUCGAGGAAAGCGGUAUUGCCAAGGGCAUACGACGUAUUGUCGCUUACACAGGCGAUGCUGCCCACCAGGUCCAGCGUCUCGCGGCUGACUUCUCCAAGCGCAUCGACGAGCUCGAGGGCCUGCCCUUUGGAUCUGAAAAGGAGGCCGCCAUCAAGACGACGCAGGUAGACCUGGAGCAACUAGUCAUCUCAACGGUCACCAAGGAUGAGCUGCGCACUAGGUUCACGAAGAUCCAGAAGGCGGUCGUCGAGGAGCAAAAGAAGAAGCAAAAGGCCGAGAGCAAAAAGGCGCUCGACACUGUCGCUGAGCACUUCAAGAACCCAGAAAAGGCAGACUCGAAGGUUUUCAUUGGACAGCUGCCCAUUUCGGCCAACGCCAAGGCUGUGUCUGAAGUGAUGAACUUUUACAGAUCGAAAGAUAAGGAAAAGUCGGUCUAUCUUUUCGGCGGCAGCAAGGAAGAGGGUGCCGUGGUUCACGGUGUUUAUGUGGGAACUGCUCUUGCCUCGCAAGGAAUCACUGCUGAACAGUGGGCCAAUGCUGUUUCGGAAGUGAUUGGUGGCAAGUCUGGCGGAAAAGAGCCCACACGCCAGGGACAAGGCACCAAACCGGAGAACCUGGAGCAGGCUGUUGCCGAGGCAGAGAAGUUCCUGACCGAGAAGAUAAAGGACCUGAAGAUCUGA